CCUUGUCUCAUACACCAUAGACGUAAUAUGUAUAUAGACUGGUAUAUCGAUCAGAUCGAAUUAGCACGAAAGGGAUAAAGAUUUCUUUAUCCUGAUUGGUCAAUUCAACGCUACUUAUCCCAGCUGUCAUCCCACGAGCAGUAUUUCCGAAUGCUGUCUAAACUUCAAUUUCCUAGCCACGCCUCUCAGAAUCCCCAGGGGGUCGCGAUUCGCGAUUGCCAGGCCUGAUCACUGCCGUCAUUUCGCGUCAAACGUCAAACUUUAGCCGUGCGUCGCUUCUCCGCGCGUUUUUUCGGCAAGAAUAGUACAUCUGUCACGAGGAUGCCGCUGCACCGGUACACGCACGCGAUCCUGUGCAGAAUCCCGUUAUCGCUACGCACACGGGGCGAGGUGACAUUGGACGAGGCUAGGACGCAGCAUCUGGCCCUGGCGCAGCUCCUGCGCGAGCUCGACAUCGACGUCGUCGAGAUGCCGCCUGAUGAGAACUCGCCGCUCUGCGUCUUCGUCGAGGACAUCGCCGUUGUCUGCAACGGCAUUGCCUUGAUCGCGCGGCCAAGCGAGCCCUCGCGUCUCAAGGAGCUUGACAUCAUCAGAGCUGUUUUGAAGAAAGAAUUAGAGAUACCGCUCAUAGAAAUAAGUGAUAAGAAUGCUCGCUUGGAUGGAGGAGAUGUCCUUUUUACUGGUAGAGAAUUUUUUGUUGGACUCUCUCACUUUACAAAUGAAGCGGGAGCACGAGCAGUCGCUGCAGCAUUUCCAGAAUAUCCAUGUGUACCUAUUAAGGUGGGUGAUGGUGGUGAAGAGGUGAUAGUGGAAAAUCUUACUUCAGCUCCUCUUCAGGUAGCUGAAUCCAAACGUUUGAAAUCACUGGUUACAAUGGCUGGUCCAGAUGUUAUAUGUGUAGGAGCUGGAAAGGAAUCUCAAGAAGUUCUCAAGAGAAUCGAACGGGAGGCAACAUACAGUUAUCAAACAUUGACUGUGCCCGAGGACGUAGCCGCCAAUGUGCUUUAUGUGAACGGCACGCUCAUUCACCGAUCGGAGGACGAGAUUCCACAAUCGAGUAAAGUCUUCGCCGAGAAGGUAGAGUUCCCGACUAGAUCACUGCGUUUAUCCGAAUUGGCAAAGGUUAGUUCCGGAUUGUCCUCCUGUUGUUUACUGGUGCGCAGACCUCGACAUAUUCGUAGCAUUUAAAUGGAAACAGAAAAUCAGAUCUGUUCCGCGAUUCCUAAUCGCAAGUUAUAUACAUCGCCAGUGUUAUCCAUGGACAUGAAACGUAAAACUAAAUUCUUUUUUCUUAUCGAGUCCAUGGAAGAAAAAUACGAUGCAAUGCAUGACAUGACAAUGACGAAACGUCAUUCCAACAUUCUGAUAAGUAUUUUUUAACUAAUUUAAAGAGUUAUUGUAUUAUUUUUAAUAUUUCUUACGAGAGAAAGAGAAAUUUAGUAUUUGAAAAGAUUAAUAUAUACACAUAU